GGGAAAAUCCUGAAUAAAAUUAGUCAGGUCCGGUCCCAAAACCCUCUGCGGACUGACCGGACUGCAUGGAAUUCAGCCCCGUACUCAAGCGUCGUCCGGAGCAAACUUUUUGCAGAUGUAGGAAGAAUAAGCGCAUGUCGGAAGCGAGUUGAAGAGCUUUGUGACACAGGAGCUCCGUAUUUCCUGCAAUAAGGCUUCAAGUUCAAGCUCCUAUUUUCAUAGAAAUAUAAAAGCCUUAAAAAAGCGCGGAAGCCUAUUUGUGAACUUUUGGUACAGAAGUCGAAGACAGUUUAGAAAGAGAGCAGGAAACUUUUUCAUCCGUCUCCGUUCUCAAUCUGCACUAUGUCAAGCACGUUAGACGGAGAAAGCGUCGUGCACAGGGCCAUCGCAUGCUAUGCCUGUGUGUAGCACGAAGCUCAGGAAGUUCCUUCGACACAACUCAGCUCCGGUCCGGAACAACUUCCGAUCUCCAAUCAACAUAACGGUAUGGAAGUGGCACAUUGCUAUCUAGAUGGAAAUGCUGAUUGUGUGGAGUUUUGUCCGCACGAUUCUUACCAAGAUGUUCUGGCAGCUUCAACAUACACGCUACAAGAGGGUGAUCGGCCCAGUCGAUCUGGGAGCAUAUCACUCUUCAAUGCAGAUGCUAACAUGGGUUGCCUUGAUUUGUUCCAUCGCGUGGGAACAGCAGGCAUAUUUGAUAUGAAGUGGAGCCCCGUUGGGGGAAACAUGGGAGUUAUGCUAGCUCAAGCAGAUGCUGAUGGUUGUUUGAGAACUUACAAUCUUGAGAGACGUUCAGAUGGAAUAGAAGGGAGUUUCUUGGAAGAGAAAAAUGGAGAAAAAAUCAGUUCCUCCAUGUGCCUUUGCCUUGAUUGGAACCCGUCGGCGACAUCAAUCUCAGUGGGGCUUUCUGAUGGGUCUGUCUCAAUAGUUUCCUUAUCAGAGUCCCAAAUAGAAAUACGAGAUGAAUGGAAGGCACAUGAUUUUGAGCUUUGGGCAACUUCCUUUGAUAUCCACCAACCCCAACUGGUAUACACUGGUUCGGAUGACUGCAAAUUCAGUUGCUGGGAUUUGCGGGAUAGUCCUAAGUUGGCAUUUCAGAAUACCAAGGUUCACAAGAUGGGUGUUUGUUGCAUAGUGAAGAGCCCGAGUGACCCUAAUACCCUAUUCACCGGUUGCUAUGAUGAGUAUUUGAGGGUAUGGGAUGUCAGAUCAAUCUCAAAACCUGUAAAUGAAACUUCAAUAUGUUUAGGAGGAGGUGUCUGGAAAAUCAAGCCUCAUCCCAUUGUACCGGGAAUUGUCUUGGCAGCUUGCAUGCACAAUGGGUUUUCAGUUGUUAAAGUUGAAGGGAAUGAAGCCGAAGUAAUUGAAACUUAUAGUAAGCAUGGUUCACUCGCAUACGGAGCAGAUUGGCAGAGAAGGGAAUCUUUCCAGGAUGGCAAAAAUAGGAGUACCAUGGUGGCUACUUGCUCAUUUUAUGACAAACUUCUUCGGAUAUGGAUGCCGCAAAGUGAUUUCACAACAUGAUUUAUGUUGAACUUGUUGGACCACUAUUUGCUUUUCUAAUUAUGUUGAACUACUUGUGAAAAAACAACAGGCACCGCAAGGACAGUUGAUAGAAUUGUAAGCAACAGUUCUUCUGCCAAAAUUAUAUCUGACUUAAUGCUUUGCA